GCUAUUUCCAGUUCCAAGUUUAAGCAAAUCAUUCUGUGACAGAGAUGCCUCACUGCUCUAAGCUGAGAACCGUGGACAGCACAGACGACCACGAUACCCAGACAUGCCCAGAGACGUCUGAGGCCUCGGGUUUGGAUCCUUUGCCCCAGAAUAAAUGUAAUGUCAAAGCUUUUCUCUGGAGAAAUGCUUUUGUGCUUCUCACUGUGGUUGCUAUUGUCAUAGGGGUCGGCCUGGGUUUCGCUCUGCGAUCCACUAACAUUACAGAGAGGGAAAUUAAAUACCUUACCUUUCCUGGAGAGCUGCUGAUGAGAAUGCUGCAGAUGUUGGUGCUUCCUCUCAUCAUCUCCAGUCUGAUCACAGGCAUGUCAUCUGUGGACGGGAAGGCUUAUGGGAAAAUGGGGCUCCACGCUCUUUGCUAUUACACAAUGACCACCCUCAUGGCUGUGUUGACUGGCAUCCUCCUAGUUGUUUUUAUCCACCCGGGGAAAUCACCCAGUCACGUCUCAGUGUCCCCUGGUGGCCAAGCGGAGGCUGUGCAGACUGUGGAUGCCUUUCUGGAUCUGAUCAGGUAUUCCCCAGCAGGAAUCCUCUUCUUGGUCGGAGGAGAGAUUUUGAAGAUGAAGGACAUUAGAGUUAUAGGACGCCAGCUUGCCAUGUAUAUUCUCACUGUAACCACUGGCCUGGCAAUUCACAGCUUUUUCACCCUGCCCCUCAUCUAUUUUAUUUUCACACGCAAGAAUCCCUUCAGGUUUAUGGUUGGUCUCCUCCAGGCUCUCACCACCGCCUUUGGGACUUCAUCCAGCUCUGCGACUCUACCCAUCACCAUCCACUGUCUGGAGGAGAAUCUCAAAAUGGACAAACGGGUGACACGCUUCAUGGCGCCUGUAGGGGCCGCCGUGACGAUGGAUGGUACCGCACUCUAUGAGGCAGUAGCCGCUAUAUUCAUAGCCCAGGUUCAUUAUAUGGAACUUGAUGUGGGUCAACUCAUCAUCAUCAGUGUAACUGCCACAGUUGCAGCUAUUGGGGCAACAGGUAUCCCACAGGGCGGUAUGGUUUCCAUGGCGAUAGUGUUGACAUCAGUUGGACUGCCCCUUGAAGGCAUUUCAUUUAUCAUCGCAGUUGACUGGAUGUUGGAUCGGUUGAGGACGGCCACCAAUGUGCUGGGUGACUGUAUCGGUGUGGGUGUAGUGCAGCAUCUCUCCAGACAUGAGCUGCAGGGUCCUGCAGAAGAAUGCUUGGUAGAAGAAAAGAGAGAGAGACCUUCUGACUGAGAGGCGGUACCAAGACGCAAC